ACAAUAAAGUGUAGACCAGUAUUACGUGUCAUUGGGUGGCAGUCACCCCAGACGGACGGCCAGUUUGACUCUAGUUCGAGAACUGGAGGACAUAUGGUUAUACUACAGUAGUCACUCAAAACGGACGGCCAGUUUGACUCUAGUUCGAGAACUGAGAGGACAUAUGGUUAUACUACAGUAGUCACUCAAAACAGACGGCCAGUUUGACUCUAGUUCAGGAGCUGUGAGGACAUAUAGCUAUACUACAGUAGUCACCCCAAACAGACGGCCAGUUUGACUCUAGUUCAGGAACUGUGAGGACAUAUAGUUAUACUACAGUGGUCACCCCAGACGGACGGCCAGUUUGACGCUAGUUCAGGAACUGUGAGGACAUAUAGUUAUACUACAGCCAGAUACCGGGACGUUCAUAUCAUCCUUGUUUGUUUCACGAAGAUCGUAGAACCGGAAUAUAACGUUAACACCUAUUGACUUAUAUAACAAUGUCCAAUUAGAAGGGGAGGACUUACAAGUACUGAGAUGUCACGUGGGAAGUCGGAUCGUCCAUCUUCUCAACGGGGUCAGGGGACAAAACAAAGAGAGAAGGGAUCCACCUGUGAUAUAUGUGGUAAAUGGUUUAAAAUGUCAUCUAACCUUACGGCACACACCAGAAUGCAUACUGGAGAGAAACCAUUCAAGUGUGAUAUCUGUGGUAAGGCAUUUAAAAGUUCAUAUAUUCUAAAACAACAUACAAGAUUACAUACUGGAGAGAAACCUUACGAGUGCAAUGUUUGUGGUAAGGGAUACAUAAGUUCAUCAAGCCUGAACGAACAUACAAAAACACAUUCCGGAGAAAAACCUUACAAAUGUGAUUUUUGUGGUAAGGAAUUCUAUACUUCAUCUCAACGCAAGCAACAUACCAGAAUACAUACCGGGGAGAUGCCAUACACGUGUGAUAUAUGUGGUAAGGGGUUGCUGACUCCAUCUAGACUAAAGCAGCAUAUCAGAUCACAUACUGGAGAGAGACCUUACAAGUGUGAUAUUUGUGGUAAGGAAUAUAUAAAUGCAGUUAUAUUGAAAGAACAUACUAGACAACAUACCGGAGAGAGACCUUACAAGUGUGAUAUUUGUGGUGAGGAAUUCAUUUCCUCACCUAGCUUUAAACUACAUCAGAGAAAACAUGAGGGGGUGAAGCCAUACCAGUGUGAAAUUUGCGGUAAAGGCUUUAUGACGCCAUCUAGCCUGAAAGUACAUGUCAGAACGCAUACUGGAGAGAAACCUUAUCGUUGCGAUACUUGUGGUAAGACAUUCAUUACCACAUCUCAAGUCAAUCGCCAUAAACUCACACAUACCGCAGAGAAGCCUCACACGUGCGAAAUUUGUGGAAAGGGAUUUAUACGCCGAUCGCAACUCGAGAAACAUACAGGAACACAUACGGCAGAUAAGCCUUACACGUGUGAUAUUUGUGGUAAGGGAUUCAGUAAGAUAUCUAGCGUUAAGGAACAUGCCAAAAAUCACACUCGCGGAAGGCAUUUCAAGUGUGACAUUUGUGGUAACGGAUUCAAAAAAUCAUCUACCCUCAAGGCACAUAUCAGAACACACACAGGCGAGAAGCAUAACAAGAGUGACAUAAUUGAUAAGGGAGUAUGUACCUCAUUACAAAACAAGCCACAUACAAUAUCACAUACCAGGCAGAAGCCAUACGUGUGUGAUUUUUGUGGCAAAGGAUUCAGUCAAUCAGCUAACCUAAAAAGACAUAAAAUAACCCAUAAUACAGAAGAUAGGACUGAUUCAUGUUAUAAUCCGGGGGGAUCAGGGUGUCAGCCCCCUCUUCCACUUGUGUCAUCCAGCAUCGAUAACUCCAUAAAACAAACCGUUAGCUCUUCUGAAAACUUGGAAAUAAGCGAGUCUACAUGUGUUCACGAAAAUGCCAGUGUUUGUGAGAUAGAUCUAAUUGGUGCCAAUGCUGGUGAAAACGAGACUGCUGAUGUUUGCAAACAUAGAACUAUGAAGAAAUAUGCAUGUGAUAAUAAGGUCGAUGUUAUAUAUCCCGGAAUGAAGAUCAUUAAGAGUGAGGAGGGUGUACCAGUGAUUAUGUACAGCAUGGAGAACAUGUUACAACAUUACUUUGAGAAACAAAACAGAAGCUGAAAAAGCUAAUAUAAACAAUCUGUAUGCAUUAAUAUCGUAAAAUUACAUAUACUGUUCAAUGAAUUUAUACGCACAAAAGUUCAAGGUCAUGAGGUCAACUUUCAGGGGUACAUUUAUGCAAAUUACACAAUUGAUAUUUAUUUAUAACAUUAUUUGAAAACACUGCGUUUGAGAUUCAAACAAUUUUGUGUUCAAUAAAAUUAAAUUACAAUUAAGAUGGUUAUUUCUAAAAUGUUGAAAAUGUCAUUUAUAUGUAAGCAUCAGCAUAGAUAAAAUCAAGUUGAAUUCAAUAAAUUGGUUUAAUCUAGGCAGGGGAGGUAAUCGUG